UUGGCCAAGUGGGCCGUGGGGAACUCACACGAAGGGCUGCAGAAAGCGAAAGUGUAGCAUCAUCACACUGACACUGAACUCAGUGACGGCAGGUCGGCACCAGCGGACGGUCGAUGAAUAUCUCAUUCUCGUGUCGGGAUCACUCUCUCGCCAGUGAGGCUGCAGCAGACCCCCGCUGAUGAGGUUCACAUGUCGCCACUGUCCACGGUCGCCCGGCAGGACCGCAGCAGCCCAGUCUCGGGGAAGGAGAGCCGAAGCGCCCUGGAGGCAGACAAACCAGACAGAAGCCAAGGGGGGAUGACAAGACGAUUGAAGAACAGAUACGCUGCAAGAAAAAGUCGCAAGAAACAAACAGAAAUAGCAGAUGAGCUCCACGAGGAGAUGCAACAACUGGAACGUUCGAACGCCACCCUUCUGAAGGAGAUAGGACAGUUAAAAAAAGACGUUCAAGCUUAUGAGACAAUGCUGAAGAACCAUGAACCUUUCUGUUACCUCCGCGAGUCUGAGUCUGCCGCCCUUCACUUCGGUCACAGGGUCCAAACACCUGAAAGGCCGGCACCUCCUGCCUCCAUCCCCAACGACAGCCCUUCACUGCAAGACGCCUCCAGCUCCAGCCAGGAAACUGGGCUUCCCUUGGAUCUGUGCGACAUUGCUAAUGAACAUCUGUUGGGCUUUGACAAACUUCCUCGGGAUAGUGGACUACCAUUUUUUGAUUCUGAGGGUGGAUCACACAGGAGUUUCACUACUGAGCUGUCUGGACCUUUUUCACUGACUGAAGGCAACAAUUCAACCUUCAGCUUCCUGUCCACAUUAUUCACAACACAGGCCUCGUCGCCAAACUCCAUGCUGUCAACUCAUUGUUGCACACAACAGCCCUUAAAUACUCAGUACAGGCCUUCGACUGAUCUGCUCACUAGCUUUCCAAUCGACCACCGACAGUCCUCAGAGUCCCUUCUGACCAAAACUCAACCUUUCAACCCUGAACCCAGCAUCCCUGCACCCACUCAGCCUCUGCAAGCCCUCUCCUGUCCCACACAGGCCCCGUCUCCUCAACUGUCUUCUUCAGAGGCUCAACCUCAGUAGCCUGAGGAUCCAACCUUGCUCCGUGGAUGUAGGCUGCACUUCCUAUCUAAUGUAGUGUUCUAAUGUAAGUUCCUCUCUCCACAUAUUUAUUUUCUGUUGCAGAAACAGUACAAGAAAUAAAACUACUGACGCCAAUUAUAAAAACUUUUUGAGAAGAAAUACCUCUUUAUCCAUGUAUUUUUUUCAAAAUUCAAAGUCAUUUUUUUAUAUCUGAAUUUAAAGUGUUUAAAGUCAUGUGAGGUCGCUGACAUGGCAUUCAAAUUCAGCUGAGAAAAUGUAACCUUAAGAAAUCCACAAAUCAAAUAAAUUGGGAUUUAGUAAAUUGGAUUUAUUAAAGUUUACUGAUAUAUUCUGCCUAAGAUGAGACAGUUCAAAUCAAGCAAACUCCUCCCUUGCAUUCCGCAGCUUGCGUCAUCUUUGGCGUAGCUCGGGCGUCUUUAACUUGGUCCUCAAAGCGCCGGGGUUUUUGUUCUCCCAAGCUCACAUGGCUGAAAACUAAUGAAUGAAAAUGUUCAUCAUUUAAACACUCAAAAAUAACAACUUCACUACAUUUAGCCAAAAUACUGGUGUCAUCAUCGCGUAAACCCAAAGCUUGAUCCAAUAUACAAGACAGAGCUGAGGCAACCGAGGUUAUGACAUGUCUGUGUUUGACUGUACUAAUUUCUCUCUCCAGAUUACUGCAGAUUUAUUUAAUUGUGUUUUAUUUAAUUUGUUGUGAUGAGAAAGCAUUCAGCCUUCUGUGGUGUCGAAACAUUGCCUCGACUAGAAACUCAAAUACAGAUGAAUGGAAACAUUCAAGUUUGGCUGGACCGCGGCUCACUGAGAAGUACUGUGAUUUUAGUGGUGUUCAGGGACCUUCCGAAGGUAACGCCAUUCACUUCCAUUCACUUGUCCCAUGAGGUGGGGGCUCCUUGCUGACAGGCGAUGAUAACUGCUGGCUGCUUAUGGUGGCGGAUUCAGCUCCAACAACACGUGUAUUAUCACAGGCAAACAGGGUCACAGAUGAAAAUGGGCAUCACUGUACACACUCAUGAAUUAAACGACUGUCUAACUUGUUUUGUAA